GGCGGCAGCUGGCGGGGGAGCUGGCGGCGGCGCGGGGGGAGCUGGAGGGGGUGAUGCUUGUGGGUCGGCAGCUGUCCAAGUUCCGCAGCGAGAUGGAGGCGGAUGCGGCGGCACAGCGGGCGGCACUGCAGCAGGUGUUGUCCGAGGUUGUGGGUCGGGCUGAGCGCUUCGUGGACAGCACGGUGCAGCUGAGCAACGCGCCGCUGCUGCUGUCCAUCGCAGCGGGCAACAAGGAGUACCCGUUCAGGGCCUCCUUCGAGCGCGAGGUGGUGGGGGGCGGCGUGGAGGCGCUGCGGCAGGCGGUGGCGGAGCACAGCAGCUGGCUGCGCGCCAACUGCGCCGCCCAGCUGGCCUACUACACCGCAUUUGCGGCCGCACGCAGUACCGCGGCAGCAGCACUGGCGGGCGGGGGAGCUGCUGCGGCUGGAACUGUUGCUGCUUCUACAACCGCACCCUCCUCUUCUCCCUCUCCGCCUGCGUCCUCGCCCUCCACCUCCAGCUCCCUUGUGGCGUCCCCUUCCGCCUCCUCCUCUUCUGCCGUUUCUGCCUCCUCUCCGGCGCUGCAGGCGGUUUCGGAGUUCAACGUUCGCGCCAUCUCCACCCUGAUUGACGGUGAGCUGCAGCAGGCCAUGGCCACCACGGCGGGCACUGCGGUGGGGGCGCCGCUGUUCGGACUGUUCGCCAUGCAGGCCAUCCACAACACGCUGGAGGACCUGCUGCUGGCGGGGCUGAGCGGCGUGGUGAGCUACAUCUCGCUGCUAAACCUGCCGCUGCGCAGGGCGGACAUCAAGGCAAAGAUCGCCCGUGUGGCCUCCAACUUCGUGGCUGACGUGCAAUCUCGCAUGGAGGCCGAGGUGGCGGCGGAGGUGGGCGCGGUGGAGGCGCAGGUGGGGCAGCUGAUGGCGCCGCUGCAGGCGGCGUACGGGGCGGAGGUGGCGAGGUUGGAGGCGCGGCGGGCGCAGCUGGAGGCGCAUGUGGAGGAGCUGCAGGAGCUGCAACGCCGAGUAGCCAACCUGGAGUGAAAGCACGGCCGCAAGGACAAGGGCUGCUGCAGGGGCCACUGACCCACGGGUCGUGUAUGGUGGUUCAAUCUGGUUGAAGGGGGGUGUCACUUGAAGGGAGUUGGCUUGGAGAAGAGUCAUUGCGAGGUGUUGCAAGGACUUGAAAGUGGUGGCUCUACCCCAAACUCCUCACAAGGGACCUUCGGUUCUAGGUGUGGUAUGAUGCGGGAUUGAAAGCCUGGUGUUAAGUAGGUGUUGUGGAGGCGACAGCAGGGCAGGUGGGGGUUUAACUAACACGGACCCGGUUAGCAGGAGACACACGACAAUAGGGGAGAGGGGAUGCAUUUAGCGUGCUGCAUCCCAAAGGAACCACAGAGAGCAGAAUGACGCGGUUGGGUUUGAGCUUCGCUGUGCAGUGUUCGCGUGAAGAUGUCAGCAAUAUGCAUGGUGUGGCUUUGCAGCUAGAUAGGGUAUGCUGGAAAGGCAGGAAGAAAGCAGGAGAGAGAGGCUGGAGAAGACCAGCAGAAGCUUUCAAUAGGUGUUGUGGGUGGUAGAGGCGAGAGUUGAAAGCGCUGAGAUAUCCGCGAGUGAUGCCUGCCUUGCGGAAGGUCAGAGACGGGCUGUGUGCGCGGCAUGUAGGGGGCCGCAAGACGGGGCCGGGUCUGCAAGUUAUGCACUUGCACGCAGGGGCUGGGGGAAGGCGCAGGUAAUAUAGGCAUUGCAUGGUUGUCUUGGUUGCGGUGAUGGUGAUAAAGGUGUGCAGUAUGGAACCACGGCAGCCUUGUGCACGGAGUAGCGACAGAAGAGCCUGUGGAGCAGAAAUGAGAGGAUGACGGAUUGACGACGGUGUGUCCGCAUGCAGAGAUACCGGCAUUGCAUUGUGGUGGCGAUGGUGGCGGUGGGUUUGUUUGGUGGCGAUGCAAGGUUGGCCAAUGGCUAAGUGGGC